GAGACAACAGCAAACAAGUCAAAUCUAAUGAUCAAGGGCCAUGAUUUUCCAAGGACGGGAGGAUUCAUGGAACGGAGGGAGAGCUUGAAAGAGGGAUGUUAGCAGGGUUGACGGGCGACAGGGGACAAGCUUGCAGUCCACGGGUGAUUACAUCGCAUCUGCCGUCUUGCAAUGAUCGAGGACGGAGGGAUCGAAUGAAGGAGUGGAGCAAGAAACGACGGCGAGGAAAGCAGGGAGAGAAUAAGAGGAAAAACAAAAAGGGAAGAAGGGAAGAAGGAGAAGACGAAGAAGGGGAAGAGGAGUGCAACGAGGGAAAAGAGAGAAAGACGACGGAGAGAGAGAGAGGGGUAAGAAGAGGACAGUCGGAGCGGAGGGAACUGGAGAGUACUUACGGAGUACGGAGUACCAGCAGGAAGUAUUCAGGUUCCAGGAGGUUGUCUCUGGCUCUCUCCCCCGACCAGGUCAACCAACCAACCAAUCGACCAACCAACGAACGCCCGCGAAGCAGCUCGGGCGUUCUUUAUUGACAGCAAUCAACCAGUGCUCCCAAACCGGGUCGCGGUUUGACUCUGGACCAAAGAACGGCGGCGCUGUCACCCCCCUUUUUCCCACCCUGG